GGAGGCGGGGCGGCGGGCGGUGGCGCGCAGCCCCACCUGGGGUGGGCCCAGCUCAGGCCCGCCGCGCCCCCGUCCCCUCCCCGCCGCUGCCGAGCUGGACCGCAGCGGCCCGGAGAACAUGCGCCGCCUCCCGCUGGUUCCGCUGCUACCGCUGCAGCUCGCCCUGCUCGUGGCCGCGGGGGCCCCCGAGGCUCCGGUCAGCGCGCCGCGGAGCCUGGUGUGGGGGCCCGGGCUGCGGGCGGGCGUCGUUUUGCCCGUCCGCUAUUUCUACCUGCAGGCCGUCAACUCGGAGGGCCAAAACCUCACUCGCUCGCCCCCAGGCCAAACACUAUUCAAAGUAGUAAUCAAAUCUCUCUCACCUAAAGAGUUAGUUCGGAUUCACGUCCCUAAACCUUUGGACAGGAAUGAUGGGACAUUUUUGAUGCGAUAUAGGAUGUAUGAAACUGUCAGUGAAGGGCUGAAGAUAGAGGUCCUUUAUGGUGAUGAACAUGUCGCUCAGUCUCCCUAUAUUUUGAAAGGACCAGUGUACCAUGAGUACUGUGAGUGUCCAGAAGAGGAUCCUCAGACCUGGCAGAAAACUCUGUCUUGUCCAGCCAAGGAACCACAGAUUGCAAAAGAUUUUGCUUCUUUCCCCAGCAUCAAUCUCCAGCAGAUGCUAAACGAAGUUCCAGAAAGGUUUGGGGAUGAGAGGGGUGCUAUUGUUCAUUACACGAUUCUCAGUAACCUCAUCUACCGGAGAUCUUUAGGGAAAUACACAGACUUUAAAAUGUUCUCAGAUGAGAUUUUGCUGUCACUGGCAAGAAAGGUCCUUCUCCCAGAUUUAGAAUUUUAUGUUAAUCUUGGAGAUUGGCCCUUGGAGCAUCGAAAAGUCAAUGAAACCCCUGGCCCUUUACCUAUCAUUUCAUGGUGUGGCUCUCUGGAUUCACGAGAUGUUAUCCUUCCAACAUAUGACAUCACCCACUCCACACUUGAAGCUAUGAGGGGUGUUACAAAUGAUCUCCUCUCUAUUCAGGGAAAUACAGGACCUUCCUGGAUCAAUAAAACAGAGAAAGCUUUCUUUAGAGGUAGAGAUAGCCGAGAGGAGAGGCUCCAGUUGGUGCAGCUGUCCAAAGAUAAUCCACAGCUACUAGAUGCAGGAAUUACAGGAUAUUUCUUCUUCCAAGAAAAAGAAAAGGAGCUUGGAAAAGCUAAAUUGAUAGGUUUCUUUGACUUCUUUAAGUACAAGUAUCAAGUGAAUGUGGACGGGACUGUGGCUGCUUAUAGAUAUCCAUACCUCAUGCUUGGUGACAGUUUGGUUCUGAAGCAGGACUCACCAUAUUAUGAACAUUUCUAUAUGGCACUAAAGCCUUGGAAACAUUAUGUUCCAAUUAAAAGAAAUCUUAGUGAUCUACUAGAGAAAGUUGAAUGGGCCAAGGAAAAUGAUGAAGAAGCCAAGAAGAUUGCAAAAGAAGGGCAGUUGACUGCUAGGGAUCUGCUACAGCCACACAGGCUUUACUGCUACUAUUACAGAGUACUACAGAAUUACGCUGAGCGCCAGACCAGCAAACCCGAAAUACGUGAUGGAAUGGAACUUGUUCCUCAGCCGGAUGACAGUGCAUCUAUCUGCCAGUGCUACAGGAAAAGGCCUUUAAGAGAAGAGCUUUAAGUCAGCCCAUAUUCACACUCCUGUAAUAUGCCGGCAACGUCUUUCAUGGCAGCAUUCAGAUGGAAUCUAAGCUGUGAAGACUGUGAAGACAGCCUGGAAGACUGUAUGCCAGGGACUGCUUCUCUUGGUGGCUUCAUAUAAUGUGGAUGGAUAGAGCAAUAUUAGAGCAAGUAUUACCAAAUAUCUUAGGAUAUUAAUAUCUUUUGAGUAAACACUGCUAUUAUCAGCAUCAUAGUUUCUCUGAAAAGAAAACCUGGGGAUCCUAGUAGAUAGAGAGGCUUGCCAAAAUACAAAUAACUCUCUAUGAAACUAUUUACAUUGUAUUUAUUGGUUUGUUUCUAUCCCUUGUUCACUUUCCCUCUUCCCCUUCCAAUGAUGAAGAAAAAAUAUUUUUGCAGGGCUUUUUUUACCCCCUCACUGCAUAACUUCUCCUCCUACAAGCUGCUUUUGGCAUUCAGUAAUAGCAAGUUUCCUCUUGGAAGGACUGAUAUGAAUAAUUAAGGAAGAUGAGAAUGACUCUGUUAUUAAAGGUAGCUUGGAGACUAUGAAGGGAAAUUAUUUUAAAGCUCAUUCAUAUCUUUUUAACUAAGUUUUACCACGGCCUGAGACAAAAUUAAGGAGAGGUAGUGCCUUAAGCUAGUUAAUUCCCAGUCUAUCUGAGUUGGACACCCAUCAAGGACAACACAGUUAUUAAAGUAGAUGAGAGCAUCCUAUUGGUAUCUUCAUUAUCUAUAUAUUGAAUAGAUAAAUGAUAACUGUAGUCAGAUAGGGAUCUUUAAUUCUUUUUAAUCUUUAAAAGGGAUGCUUGAAAUACCUCUGCAACAAGCUGCAGGAAGCCUGGUAUCUUGGGAUUCACUAAUAAGCUAAUGACAAAAGCAAGCAUCCAUUCUUCACUGCACCCCUCCUCUAUUUCACUGUGCUGUAUUGCUAAGAUAAAAACUUUGGAAAUUUCCUUUGCCUUUUAGGACAGGGUGAAGUCUUAAGACCCAGAAAUUCAUUACACACUCCUUGUAAUACCACCAAUAUGAGAUUCAGUUCAUUAAGAACACACUCCCAAAACAAGAAAUAACCACACUCCAAUUUAAAAAUAUUUACUCUCCUAAUUGAAAUACUUAACCUGGAAAACAAUGUAACCACUUUAAAAUAGUCAUAUCUAUUCUUUACUGAACAUCACUAGGGACACAGAAUUUUUUUAACUAGACAAAAGCAAAAGCACAUUUAGUAACAGUGUAAUCAAAGCCAAGUAUCCAUGGAAAACACUAAUACCCACCAGUUGUUCAAAAGCACAAGUGCACAAGUAUAAAAUAAAGGGCAAGCUGUACCACAGUUUACCUUAGGAUCCAGAUCCUAAGGAGGAGAGGGGUGUGAGGAUAUGUAAGUUAAUAUAAUAACUACAUUUGUCAAAAUAAGCUAUCAACAUUCUGUUUUUAUUAAUAAAAUGUUGGAAACACCUUAAAUAGCCAUCAUGAGGGAGCUAGCUAAAUAUAUAGCUAUAUAUCAAGGAAUACAGUACAACCAUUAAAAAGAAUGAACUAGCUCUAAAUGCACUAUCAUGAAAGAUUUCCAUGACAGUGUUCAGUGAAAAAAGCAAGUUACAGAACAACACAUAUAAUGUGAAAACAUUUAUGUAAAAAAAUAUAUCCACGUGGUUGAAAGUUUAGAAGGAUAUUCACCAAUAUCUGAGGAAAAUGGAGAGAAGGGAAUUUUUACUUUUUGCCUUAUACCUGUCUAUGAUAUUUAAAAUGUUUUUACUGUAAGUAUGAAUCAGAUUGGACGAUAAAGAAAAAUACAAACCUAGGAAAACAAAAUAAAUGCACAAAAGAUAUACAUAGUAAAAUAAAAUGUAUAUUUAUAUUUUCCAUUAUGCUAUUUUUAAA